AUGGCCAUCGAGGAGGAGAAGGAGGAGGAGGAGGAGGCGAAGCCAUGCACGAUUGUGCUCCACGACGACCGCGUUACCAGAGUCGACAUUCUGGCCGGCAACCGAGUUCUACAUGUGGGCGAGUUUGCUUGGCUCACGGCUCCGGGGGCGAGGAAGCUGUGCAUCGCCCCCGCUGGCCUCGCCAUCAACUCGACCGAAGUUUCAAUCCACAUCAGCCUUGCAGCGCGUUUCGGCUUCGAGAAUCGUACCCAAGGCAGAAUCCAAAUCAUCGAAGAUGUGGAUUCCGCCACUGCCACCCACGUGGAGCUCUUUUUCCGUGAUCAGUUAUUGUCUAGAGCUGACAUGUGGCAGCUCAUGGGAUGUGUGCAGGACACGGUCAUAUACCAGGGACAGAUCUUAAAUUACCUGGACACCGAAUGUGCAGAGGUGAAGCAGGUCUAUAUCGCCGGAAGGGAGGUAGAGUCAGCCAUCUCCAUCCAUCCUCACACGAAGCCCAUAUUCCGGAGCGGCUGCGCCCGGUACGCAAUACUGGUUGAAAUAUCCCAAGAAAUGCUCGAAAAUUGGACCAACGGCGAGCUCAUGUAUGAGAGGCUGGUGGAUGGCUUCCUCCCCGAGCUAUUUCAGAGGUGGGAAUCGCUCAAAGUCAAGCACCAGGUCUCUAUCAUCUGCUUCGGCCGCAUACGUACAGCUGCCCCCCAGGGAAAGCGGGAUAGCCAAGGUGAACACCCAGGCGAAGACUUUUUCCACGUGCUCAAAUCUGAAGGCGCCAGCUCUUCAUGGCAACAUAUCGUCCGAAAGGUGAAGAAAGCUCUCAAUGACUAUCACCUCCCGCGCAACGUAUCACUCGCGGCGGAGAGCAAUAUUCUGGAGGCUAUUCAUCUGACUGCGUUAGAUUAUGCAGAUGAUCAAACGGACGCCUAUCUGAUGAGCACUGGUACUUCGAUCAUCGCGGUGACCGCCGGAGCGGGAUUGUUUGAAGCAGAUCACACUCUGCUGAAACAGACAACAGAUCUACUAGUAGGCAACAGCAUCGGUGUCGAUAUCGUUGCCUUGGCAUCAAAGCCUCUCCAUCCUGUGCCUCUGUUCAAGUAUGAGCAUGCUGGAAUCACAGAAUACGCCCUACCGCACUGGGUCGACAUCUCUUUCUGGAAGCAACCGCAUGACGUACAAGCUUCCACAUGGGCUUUGUGUGAGCCAAAUGGACCCGUCAACGAUAUCUCCUUACCCGUCCUGCGAGAGAGCAAUUGGGGUGAGGUGGACGGCCCUACUAUGGAUUAUCAUGAUAACGAAGUCUUCGAAGACAAGACUGGCAAAGCGAGCGAAGCGCUUCAGAUGGUGAACGGCCUCUCAAACUCAGAUCCAACCGGCUCGGUUGAGACCAUGAAAGGUGUCCCAAUAGCUGUUCCGAUGUCGAGACAGUCGCCCAAAAAGCACAGAGAGCCGUCGCCACCACCGCCUCCAGAGAGCCCGACGUCGAGCAUCACGAGCCCCGUGAAAGAGACUGUAAAUCGGCCGGAACGCCAGCGACCCAAACCCCACCCGCUGAUGCAGAUCGGCCGCAAGAUUAGCGUAGGGCCAAAAGGACUUGCCCCUAGUAGAGGAGUCGCAAGUACGACUGUUUCUGUAACCUAUGCGCAGCAGAACAAGGACGUCGGUCCGGGUUCGUUCAUGCCUUCAGAUACGUCCAGUGGUCUGGCCAGAGCCAUCAGGGCAUCUCUCGCGAAGAAGCCCUCACAGCAAAGCUUAGCUUCCCGAGUGAGCAAUCCUGAUGAGUUCCACUCUCAGCCCAUCGCAAUCAAUGCUGGAAAUGAAAACAGUCGACCGGAGAUUCGAGAUCCGGCAAGCGAUGUUGAGCAGAAAAUCGCAGACACAAUGGUUGGCACUGUGCUUGAGAACGACACUUCGCUAUCUGCAACACCAAAGGCCGGCCAUCUCUUUGCGCGUAAAGGCUCGCUCAACGAUACCUUGGACAUGCUCUCUCCAUGGGUCAUGCUACUCAAUCCAUGUAACCCCCGACGGGACAACAUGAAAGUGGCAAGUCAGUAUCGCAAGUGGCAGCACGUCUUUCCCAGAGCUGUUAGUCGUGGCUCCUUCAAGUGGAGUUCCAUGUGCAUGCCUGCUGCACUACCGCUGACAGCCGAGUACAAGCCGUCUGCGUCUGAAUUAGAGACACAUUACGUCAAGAAAGUGCGUCGACACGUACUCUCCAACUCCUCAAGUCUCAAAGACGAGGCUGCUCGUAUUUUGGUGGAAAGGCUCAUCGACGUGCGCUUGAUACGAGGGUGGCAGAUUGUGACCAUCCGAAACAGCGGGAGCGACCAGACCUACCAAACGCAGAACAAGCCAACGCUCAUGUCUCUUGGACGACACUAUCACGAAGUGCAGCGCCUUUCCGAUUUCGAAGUUCAAAUCGUUCAAUACCAGCCCAAGGCUGGUAUCGGAAGCGUCGGGCAGGCGAUGCAGCACUAUCUGACCUCGUAUGAGCCCAAGCUGCGGACUGUUACAGGUAUGAAUGCCAAACCGGAGAUCACGUACCAUCAAGAGGCAGACAUUUCAGACUGGAGUCCGCUCGACGAGUACAUCCUCGGCCUGGGUGCGAUGCCCGAUCUCAACGUCGCUUUCAAGGUUCGAUUCGUGCUCAUCCCCAUUGAUAUGAACAAGUCCAAUAAUUCCCGUUUGGGAGGUCUGUCGGAUGAAGAGAGACGUAUUGAGGGUAUUCAAAGACUUACGCAGACUUGGCAACGGCAACGCUACUACUCCACCGAAGAUCAGCAGCAUCAAGUUUCGCUUACGAAAGCAAAGAAUGCCUCCACUACUGAACGAGACCCUAAUCCAUUGGCCAUCGACUAUCAGACCAAGGACGCUAGCAUCGUCAUUAAUGCCCAUGGCCCAUUGUUGGCAACGCCUCUAGAGGAUGGCGAGCUCAGUACUCCUCUUUUUAUGGAGGCCGAGAAGCACCACAGCAGCAACUUCGAUAGCGCCAAGCUCGUCAAGCAGAUGCAAGAGCUUCCUCCAUAUGGCGUUGAGAUGCGAGAUCGUAGAUGGCUGACCCUCACUCAUCUGAAAUGCUUUCGAGGAGACGAGAUGACUACUUGGCUGCUGAGUGUCUUCAAAGAUCUUGAAUACCGUGAAGAUGCAGUCGCUAUUGGGAACGAGCUGAUGUCGCGUGGUAUCUUCACCCAUGUGCGACAGAAGCACAAAUUCCGUGACGGGCACUAUUUCUACCAGAUUUCUAGCGCUCAUCGAACUACAGACUAUCCUGACACCCAAGGCUUCUUCAGCAAAGCACCUUGGAAAUCUGUUCCGGCCACUCCCGUCGCAGAGUCCAUGAAGUCGCCUGCUUUAAGACCAGUCAGCGGCGACUCCAGCUCUUCAUCCAGCCACGGCACACCUAUCACAGGCCCGGCGGAUACGAAACAAAUCCUUCUGAGCCAGAUGAUGCUGUACAACGUGGAUCCACAAAGGAAAUCCGACCAUUUACAAGUCGUGAAACUCCAUUACGACCGCAUCCACAACCCGGAAAAUUGUUACCACAUACAGCUUGAAUGGCUCGUAACUUCCACCAAACUCGUCCGCGAUGCCAUCUCCCGCUGGACCGGCGUCGUAGACGGCUACGGUCUCAAACUCGUCCAGGUUCCUUUAGAAGAAGCUUCCAAAUUCCGAGAACACCACCCUUUCGAUCAGCCUCAACCGAUCAAGCUUGCCCUUCGCCCACCAGACAAGAACGUCCUCCAAACUCCUGUCAUCGAACCCCAUAAUGCCUCCCAGCGCCAAGUCGAAGACCGUCUAGCAUACUACAAAGCUCUGCUGCGCAAAUUGGGCUUCGCAAUGGACAACGAAGCAGCUUCCUCUUUCAAACCCGAUCUAAACGUAACUUACUCUUACGGCCCGCCAACAUACACCUACACACAGUUCGUCCACAAUUCCGGUCUCGUUCUCGCUCAGAUCACGGACCAGAGUGAUUCGAGCGAUUUCCUCUUACUUCCGAAUCGUCUUGCUUCGAGUAGGAUUUCGAGUUCUUCGAAGAAUACGGAAGGGGAUUUGGUUGAGAGCAUUAUCAAGGAUUUCAAGGCUUUUUGUAGGGAUGAGGUUCAAUUGAAAAAGUUUUAUACGCUGCUCGAGAGGCCUAGGGGGAGGACGCCGAGGAGUAGUCCCUUCUUCAGUCCCAAUAGUCAGGGUCAUCUGGCGGCGGAUGUUGAUGUUCCGCCUAUGCAGUUGCCACAACAUUUGUUGCAUCGGACUGGACAGCGUUGGGGAUAA